AUGGAGAAGUGCAUAUAUGUAGCUAUCUGGGGGUUUACUGAGGCCAAAGAGAGCUUUAUUAGCCAUUUUGAUAAAACCGCAGCACCCCUCAUACUAAGGGAUGACCUCGACUUUGUCUAUCUGCCCCUUGAAAAUAAGGACUACUCGAUGAUGCUCUUCAAUCUGCCGAUGCGUGCUACGAUCAAGGACACAGCUAUUCAAUACGUUAUACAUAUCGCCCAUGCACACCUGCUCAUCGAGCCCAGCCUGGAAAUAGCCAAAGUUAUACAAGCCUGCAUGCCCCACUGCGACGGUUCUGGGCUUAUUUACACAUGGCAUCGGCUGGACGCCGAGGCCUUGGGGCUUGAGCUGGUUACGGAGCCCAAGACGACCGAGGAGGCCGUCCAGCUCAUGCACCUGAUAGCCUCUAGAACCAUAGAAAAGAAUUUAUUGCUUCCUCCAAUCAUAGAAGCGAAGCUUCCGGAGCCAAUCAACAGAGACGUAGUCCCCGUGGAUGAAAUUCUAAAGGAUAAAGACACGAAGCAACAGUGCAAGAAAUGA